UCCAGAGCUUAUAGUGACGAUGAUGACGAUGUCUUGCAUAAUAAAAUAGCUGUCAUUUCCGCUCUUCAUUAUUUGUUGUUCAUACCUCUAAGUGUUGCAUUUGAUAUUACGAAAUACUCGGUAGAGAACCCGAAGACCAUAAUUUACUGAUUCAAGAUGAAUUAGAUUGAACUGCGAGACAAUAUCAUCGCCGCAUCUUAGAGACAUGAGUGAUCAAAUUUUAAAAGAUAUCAAAGUUAUUGGUGUUGAGAAGCCACAAAAAGGGAAAUUUCGAGAACAUUUUGAAUAUGUGAUCAAAGUAACCUAUGAAAAUGGUUAUGAACAUCUUAUCUUCAGACGUUAUUCCAUGCUGUUUCAUUUUCACUCCGUUUUGAAGGAAGUGGUAAAGGAGUGCUACAGCAGUGUAAUCAUACUUCCUGAACUGCCUGUUGCAAGAUUUCAACAUGUUGGCCGCAAGUUUUUUGGUCUUAAUAUGAACAAAGAAUUGAAGCAAAUGACGGAGUUUUGUCAGAAAAUUAUAGUUCUGCCGAGGGUUCUUUCUGAAAAAGAAAUAAUUUUGAAAUUUUUUGCUCAACUUGGUACAGAUGUUGCUCACGCCGAAGCGUAUCAAGAGGAUUCUCAAAAAAGUGACAAUACAAAAGAUCCUAUUGAAAGAGUUUCGUCUAACAACAUUUCCGACAAUGCAGAAAUGAGCAAUGAAAUUGAUCAAUAUGUAUCCAUCGCGGCAUUUGAUGCUGGUGGAACAGGAGAACUCUCAGUUGUCGAGGGAGAGAUUGUUACCGUUAUUGAAAAGAAUACGUCUGGAUGGUGGCUUGUCUCCAACCAACAAGGGAAGAGUGGUUUCACUCCAGCUACUUUCCUGCAGCCAGUUGAAGCAAUGACCAACACAAGAGAAGAAUGGCAAGAUGUCGCUGGUCCUGAUAAUAUUUAUACUGCGGUCAAAGACUAUGUAGCACAGUGUCCUGAUGAAAUGAGUUUUAAGUGCGGAGAGGAAGUGGAAGUCCUGGCAAUGAGUAAUUUCGGCUGGUGGCAAGUCAGGUCAUUAUACAGCGAUAAAAUUGGUCUUUGUCCCGCGUCAAGCUUGACCAUAAAGAAAGCAUCAGUUUAUUACGAAGAUCCGAUGAACGAGUAUCGUAAAUCCAUUAUUCAAUUUUCUAAGAAAUAUUCAGGAAGGGAAAGAGAGGCGCCCCCGAGAACAAGUUCACAGAAGAGUUGCGACAGCGAAUCCAGUGCUGACGGUUGUGGAAAUAUUCGCCAACCAGAGCGAUUCAGCCCCCCGGAUAGUUCUGUGGAAUAUACCAAAGUUAUUCCAAAACAUCUGAGAAAUGAUGAGUCAAAUAAUAACACAACCGAGAAGAUAAAUUACGUCAAUGUUCCUGUGAUUAAGAAUGGAACACCUCAUUAUCACGAAGGUCGGGACUCAGAGGCAAUAAACGUUCACGUGAUGAGAAAAGACUAUCAGAAAAACGGUUUUAUCCUUCGUGAAGGAGACAUGGUUCAAGUCAUCAAGGUCAUGCCAGAUGGUUGCUUUUGGAAAGUUGCGACAAUGAACCCGCCAUAUGAAGAAGGAUUAGUCCCCUCAGACCUGCUCUGCCCUGAACUGCCUCAUCAGAUAGACGAUACUAAUACAACAAGCAGAGUAACGAGGAUUGAGGAAUGUUCAAAUAAAAAUAACUUGGAACCUUUGAAAGUUUUGCCCAGAUUCACUACGCCUCCGUCAAUGAGAAGACCAAUACCGGCUCCCAGGAGCAAUGCUCCAAAGUCUCCUACAGCACCGCGACACAGUAGUUCAGUUGUAGCCCUGAUUGAUUAUAAUCCUGGCCAGACUGAUUUGCUGGCAUUUCAAAAAGGCGACGUUGGACGUCUUAUAAAGAAAGCAGGAACUGGAUGGUGGUUUAUCGAACUCAAGGGAAUAGAGGGAUGGGUUCCUGUUGUUUACUGGGGGGACCUGAAGGAAGCACGCAAUGGCAAAAUUCCCGAGCUAUCUUUACAAGGUUUUGGUAAUCAGUGGUUUGUUGGUAAAAUGUCCAGAGACCAAUGUGAAGACAUGUUUGGAAAGCACGGAAAACAUUUGGACUUUAUCGUGAGAGAGAGUGUGCAAAGGGUUGGAUCUUAUGCUCUUUCUAUCAAGUUCAAUGAAAAAAUUCACCAUUUUCCGAUCGAGAAAUCUUCAUCAGGGAAACUCCAGAUUGGAAAACUAAGUUUUGAUCAACUUUCAGAGAUCAUCUCUCACUAUAGAGUACAUCCGUUGUUCUACACCGACAACAGACAACCAGUAUCCGUUGGCAAACCUCUAUCAAGGUAGAAAACACUCAAGUCCGCGGGGGAUUGGCAACCAGCGCUAUAAGUUCAUAUGAAUUAAAUACUCUGUUGGAAGUUAUAUUUUUUACUAACCAUUACCAUGGCAUAUUCCUGAUACAGUAAAACUGACCUUAGACAUGUCUGCAUGACAAGAACUGACCCAUGCAUCCAUACUGGAAGAAAGUGAAUCUCAUCACUGGACUCUUAAAACUUUUACGUGUACAUAAUAUAUGAGAUAAUUCUUACACAAGUUUUUUAAAAUGUUGUCCUUUGCUCACCGGGCUAAAUGUUCGGGGGAUGGGCAAAUUGAAAUGAUAAUUUUGGUUGGACAGGUGAGACGAUACUUUAGGAAGAAAAAAGUGGCCUCGGGCCAAGCAAGAUUAUCAUUUCAAUUUGACUUGGCUAUUUCACAACACAUCUUGCCCUAGUGAUGACGGUAAUGAGUUCUCAAGUGGUAAAUCGAUAAUUUAAAUCCCAGAAA